GAAAGGAAUCCGCUGACUUUCAGUGCAUGUACUGGCUAGUCUCCACUCCUCAUUUCCUCCUGCUUCCCACUUCCCAGGCUGGCGAUGGCGGCUGAGCAGUGACCACCGCAAGACUCAAGAACCACUCUCCCGGAGGCCGGAGCCUCACCUGGCCCUCUCUUCCUGCUGCCGGAGCCGCUUCAGGAGCUUGGAUUUCGCCGCAGGUUGAAGACAUUUUCCCCGUUUAAGAAGUCAAGGCUCAAGGUCUAAUAACAUAUUACCAUGGCAGAGGGUGUUGUUGGAAUUAUAAUUCUGAAGCUUGGUUUAGCCUUGGCAACAGACACAAGUAGGGUUGGUAGAAACUGGCUCUGCCAUGAGGCUUCUGCUCUUGCUAGAAUCUUUAGUCAGAUCCGUGAUAUGAAGGAGGAGUUGGAGAGCAUGCAAUCCUUCCUACAAGGAGCUGAGAGGUUCAAGGAUACUGACAAUACCACGGCCAACUUCAUCAAGAAGAUCCGUUGCAUUGCUUUCGAGAUUGAGGAUGUUGUUGACGAGUUCACCUCCAAGAUGGAGGUGAAACAAGGUGGGUUGGCUUCAAAGAUAAAGCAGAGGAUUUGUCACAUUAAAACUUGGCACCGUCUAGCAUUCAAAUUUCAAGAUAUCAAACUAAAGCUGGAGAAUGUUGAUAGGAGAAAGGUCCGAUAUGAUAUGACAGGAUUGGUGAAAAAUGCAGAACAAAGUGAUGCUAAUUGCAGAUAUACUGAUCAUACAUCAUACUUUCCAACUGAGGAAGAUCUUGUUGGUAUUGAUGAUAAUAAAAAGCUUUUGAUGAAUUGGCUGAGGUGUGAUUCGCAACUGCAGAGUGUAAUUACCAGUGUGUGUGGGAUGGGAGGAGUAGGCAAAACCACAUUGGUUGCCCAUGUUUACAACAAUGUGAAGGUAGACUUUGACAGUGCAGCUUGGAUAACUGUUUCAAAAGCGUAUCAGGUUGAGGAAUUGUUAAGGCAGAUUAUCAAGGGAUUCAAUAGUAAUGAUCUAAAGAGUGAACUCCGUGUUGACAUUGUUGACAUGGAAAAGAGGACCCUGGUUGAGAUCAUUCGCGAUUAUUUAAAACGGAAAAGGUUCCUGCUGGUUCUGGAUGAUGUCUGGGGUGUUGAUAUGUGGUUCAAGAUUAGAGAGGCUUUUCCUGCCAAUAGCAUUGGUCGAUUUGUUAUCACCUCAAGAGUCCAUGACAUAGCAUUAAUAGCAACUGGAAAUCAUAAAAUUGAGUUGAAACCCCUAGAAGCGCACCAUUCUUGGGAGUUAUUUUGUAAAUAAGCAUUUUGGAACGAGGACAGAAUAUGCCCAUUGGAUCUACAGAAUUUGGCGCAAAGAUUUGUGGAUAAAUGCAAUGGUUUACCUAUUGCUAUUGCAUGUAUAGGUCGUUUGCUGUCAUGCAAAAGCCCAUGUUACUCUGAAUGGGAAAAUUUAUACAAAGAACUAGAGUUACAGCUGAGCAAUAAUGCGAUUCUUGAUGUUAAUAUUGUUCUAAAGCUCAGUUUGGACGACCUUCCAUAUAUUUUGAAAAACUGCUUUUUACACUGCACAAUAUUUCCGGAGGACUAUUUGAUUAAGAGAAAAAGGCUGAUUAGACAUUGGGUCACAGCGGGAUUCAUCGCAGUUACUGAACACAAGACAAUGGAGGAUGUGGCUGAGGGUUAUUUGUAUGAACUUGUAAACCGAAGCUUAUUACAGGUAGUGGAGAGGAAUGAAAGUGGACGAGUGCGGAGUUGUCGAAUGCAUGAUAUCAUUCGUAUUCUUGCUCUGACCAAAUCAAAUGAGGAAAGCUUCUGUAGUGUUUAUGAUGGCUCCAGAACUACUUCAAAACAAAAUACACGUCGUCUAUCAAUCCAAAGUUCUGAUAUAGAGAAGUUCACUGUUUCUAGUGAGGUCCAUCUCCGUGCAAUCUAUGCUUUCAAUGAGUUGGUGACUAGUGAUUCACUGAAGUUUUUCUUGAAAUCUUUCAACUUGCUAUCAACUCUGGAUCUGCAAGGUACCCAAAUCAGGAAGCUACCGAAAGAGCUUUUUAAGUUGUUCAAUCUGCAUUUUCUGUGUCUUAGAGACACUUUCGUUGAAGAUAUCCCUGAAACAGUUGGAAGAUUACAAAAAUUAGAAGUCUUGGAUGCUUUCAAUGCGAGGCUAGUCAGUUUGCCACAGAGUAUAGCAAAUCUUCAUAAGUUGAGAUAUCUUUACGUAGCUACUGAUCCAAGGAAAGGUACUAAAGGAGUUGUUCCCUGGAUUGGAAUUCAGGUGCCUAAUGGCAUAAGGAACUUGAAAAGCUUGCAAGCAUUACAACUUGUUGAGGCUAACUCAGAGACUUUGUGUCAUCUUGGUGCUCUGACAGAGUUAAGAACUUUUGCCAUCACCCAGGUGAGGAGAGAACAAUGUUCUGAUUUGUGCAAUGCUAUCAUGAACAUGAACCAUCUUGCUAGUCUUUCUAUUAUGGCUAUAAAUGAGACGGAAACACUCGAAUUGGAUGGACUCCGUUUACCCCCAUCUCUUUCAAAGCUUGAAUUAGGAGGGAAGCUGGACAAGGAAUCGAUGCCUCGGAUUGUCUCAUCCUUUUCAGAUCUUGGUAACCUCACCUUAUUGACCUUAGCCUUGUCUAAACUUGAUGAGAACUCAUUUUCUUGUCUCUUGCUGUUAAAUGGUCUACGGGGAAUUUGGCUUGAUAAGGCUUAUGAAGGGAAGAAACUGCAUUUCAAUGCCAUGUCACUUCCAUCGCUCCGACUACUAGCAAUAUCAGAUGCUCCGGAGCUGAAUGAUGUUGUAAUAGAACAAAGUGCAUUGCAAAACCUUAUUCGAUUAACACUCAUUGAUUGUCCAGAGCUGAAGACCCUCCCUGAUGGCAUUGAACAUCUCAUAACUCUAGAGGAAUUAUAUAUGCGAGGGGCUUCGAAAGAGCUCACGAAGAAGCUUAAGCAAAAAGAAGACUCAAAUUAUUCCAACACAUAUCUUAUGAAGAUCAAUCACAUCAGAAGGGUUACUGUUUUUCCAUGAAAUAUUUGAGAAACACUCUAGUAUCUUCAGCUUAUGUGUCUAUGGAGAGGUAAAUUUUUCACCUGUAGUAUCUAGGACAAAUUAAAGUUUAUCUAGUGGUUGAUUGUACUUUAUUCAGAGCCUAAUCAAUGACAUUUUAAGCUCCAUUUUGAUCUUUCUAGACCAGUUUCAGAUUAUAGAAACAAUAAUAUAAUGAAAUAAAAUUAUAUAUAGGUGGCUAAAUUAGCAUACUA